AUGAUCACGCCUUUAUACUCUUUAGCUCAUUACUGUGUACUACGGAGAUCUCCAAAGAAUUUUGAAUCGUUGAAGUGGUUUCUUUACUUUCAUGUUUUCUGUACUACGAUCGAAUGGUUCUGUGCAUGGUUUCUUAUAGAUAUUUAUGAUUUUGAGCCAUCAAUAGUCUUGAGAAUUGAUGGAGUUUUAAGAUAUUUUGUGGAUUCAGUUUUGCUGUUUCGAGUGUUUUCAGUGGUGGAAGAUGUAUCCUCUAUAUCUGCUCUGUUCUUGUUCUGCAAUCGUCUCAUUAUCAUCGUUAAUAUGGCUCGCCGUCAGAAAUCUGUCCUCCGCCAAUUUUCUGAACUCCUUCUGUAUUCUUUUGCUUUUGUUUUCUGUUUGUGGUCACUCCCAUUCACUUUAAGUGCCGUUCCUGAAAAUCAACAACUUGCUAAAAAGAUCAUUAUUGAGACGGAACAAUAUUAUCCGGAUUGUCCAAUGGAACCUAAUGCUGUUGUUGUCAGCAGUCCGGUGACGGAGUCUGAAAAUUUCGCAGCGGAAAUUGAAAUUGCCAGUUGGGUAGUAAUUGGAUUGGCAAUAAUAGUGUCGGCCAAAAUAUCUUAUAGUUUCCUGGAACGGAGAACAAAAAAUAAUAUGUCGGAAGUAACAAAAAAAAUGAACAAGAAAUUUAGUCAGAGAACAGUUUUUCAGAUCACUUGCAGACUCACUCAAAACCUCUCCUGCUCCAACAGCAAAACUGUACACUGCAGCGAGAUUCUCCCAGUUCUUGUGUCAAUUUUCGCUCCAUUACUUGCGUCUGACCUGCUUGACGGAAGAAGAAAAUUCCCGCGAGUAAGCAGAGGAUUGGGAUUCCGAAGACAUAAUGAUAGAGACACGGAGAAAGCCUGUGCUCUUCUUUUCGGCAUUGCCAAUGCACAUAUCACCGAUCUAACACUGCACAAGCAACAAUCUGACAUUCCUCCAAUCAUAGCUACUAGGAAUACGGUAACUCGGCUGAAAUCAAAUUGUGUUAUUGUCGACACGCAUAUCAUCAACCUACUUUGGCUGAAACAGCAAUGGAUCUUCGUGACUUGGAGUGACAGUUGCAUUGAAUGGAGUGGAGAGAAGAGCCACAAAACAGAAUAUAGUUGUGAGCACACAUCCAAUGAGCAUUGUUGGUUUCAAACCGAAAUCUUUGAUACGCUUGCUCAGUGUGGAGAUGAUGAGGCCCACUGA